AAACAGGCUAGGGCUGGGUUUGAGUACUUUUUAAACAGGGAAGCAGCACACAAUCCAGCUUGUUUUUAAGAGCCCAGGUGGCUGGCUGUGGGUGUGGGCCAGAUGAAGAGCGGACUAGAGUGUGGCAAUGGCGUGGGCUCGUGGGGCAGCCGGGGACAGUGGUGUCUUGUGCUGCUGGGGAGACCCGGUGGGGAACUACUUGGGGAGGAAGUGAGUUCUGUUUUGGCCACAUUAUUUCUCACCUGUAGGCUGAGGAGCCCUUCCUGAGGGAAAGUCCCAGCAGGACUCCUCAGGCUUAGACCUAAAGGGUGAGGGGGGGAGGCAGGCAGAGUUGGAGCCAAGGUCAGGAGGGGGCUGGAGGGGCAGGAGGAGGUCCAGAGGGAGGACGGGAGGCUGGGAUGACUGAGCUGAGAGCCUCUGGCGUGACUGCUGGAACUGCGCUGAGGUGGAGAGAAGGAAUCAGGAAGUCCUCACCUUCCUGGCCCGCCCACCCGCGGCUCCUGGAGGGAAUUCCUCGAGGCCCCUGCGCCCUGGAGCAGCUGCUUGGUCCUGAGGGAGUGGACCUUCCAGGGGAGGCCUGAGCCCCAGGGGGAGAGCUCAAACAGUGGAGGGCGGAGGCUCGGACACUACUGACACCCUCCUGGGUGCAUCCCAGGCAUUCCGAGGAACCUACCCCUCCCCGGCCCUGCCCUCAGCCCUGUAAUUACCCGGCCCCAGCCGGCUUGCUCCCAUUCCUUGGCUUCCAGUGGCUUCGAGGAAAGAGGCGGAAGUCCCUGUGAUUAGAGAUGACAGUAGGAGACAAAAAGGAGGGACGCCAGCCUCCGGGUUACACGUCAGCAUGGCCUUCCAAGCGUGUUUGACUGGUUAGGCUCUGAUGGGACUCCUGUGUCACUGGGCUGGCCCUCCCAGAGAUGGGCCUCCUCCCCUAUAAAGCCUGUUGGGGUUCCCAGGCACCCAGGCUCAGCCCACCCCUGACAUUGGGGGCCAGGAGACAGCCAUGAUGCUCAACUGGAAGCUGCUGGGGAUCCUGCUGCUUUGCCUGUACCCGGGAGGCAUCUCAGGCAGUGGAGACCACCCCCCUCCCCCACCGGCAGAGGGCUCCCCAACAUUUCCUCAGGGUGCCCCCAUCCCCGGUGACCCCUGGCCAGGGGCACCCCCUCUCUUUGAGGACCCUCCACCUCCAGGCCCCAGUCGUCCCUUGAGAGACCCGCCUGAAUCUGGAGUCUGGCCGCCUAAGCCUCCUAGAACCGAUCCCCCUAAACCUCCCCGGCCUGACGACCCCUGGCCAGCAGGACCCCAGCCUCCAGAAAACCCCUGGCCGCCUGCCCCUGAGACGGACCACUGGCCUCAGGAGGAGCCAGACCAUGACCUGCCCCGGGAAGAGUACAGAUAGACAGACCUCCCAGAGGCCGCCCGAGCCCAUCUCUACUGCUUCCCCUGAAUUAGCCUAACCCUUCCUUCCUCACUCCCUCAAUUGCAUUCUCAGUCAUGAAGGUGCGCUCUCGGCAUUUCCUAUCCCCUCCUGAGAGCCAUAUUUAGCGCCCACAUCCCCCCUCUUUUUUCUCUAACAGCAUAAGCAUAUAUCCCUACCUCAGUCUAGUCCUCUCUUCGACUUGCGCCCCCCCUCCCCCAACGCCCCUUUCCUGGGUCCCCUCACUGCUCUGUGCUCUCUGCUGCCACCUGGUGGCUUACACUAGGAACUGUCAGGAGGCAAUGAUGGUGCUUCUGUGAAAUGGAAAUAAAAAGCAUGUUUUCUUAA